GCGGUGCUGAGGCGCUCGGUGGUGCGGUGACCUGGGCCGAGGUGCCCCACACGGCGCAGCAUGCCGCCGCUCGGCCUGCUCACAGUCGCGCUUUGGAUAGCGCAGCACUCAGUGUUGUGCCAGCAGCAGCGAUUCCGGGUGCGACCGUCCAACGUCAGCGUGGUGGAGGGAGACAGCGCCAUCUUGCGCUGCGAGGUGCACCAUCAGGUCGGCCAGCUGCAGUGGGCCAAGGACGGGUUCGCCCUCGGUUACUCACGCUCAUUGCCUGGGUACUCAAGAUACCGCAUGCUGGGCGACCCGGGGUCAGGAGUGCAUGACCUCGAGGUCACCAACGUGAGCCUGGACGACGACGGCCGGUUCCAGUGUCAGGUCUCCCCAAACAGGGGGCAGGCGGCCAUCAGAGCUGACGCGUUCCUCACCGUACUCGUGAGACCAUCAACCGUCCAAAUUCGCUCGUUGGCCCCGGCUUCAAGCUCAGGCCUGUACGAGGUCGCCAAAGGCAGCCAGCUGACGUUGAAAUGCGACGUCAUUGGGGCUCGCCCGGCAGCGGAAGUCCAUUGGCAGCGAAACGGUGUCGUCAUGAAUCUAGGACAAGAGGACUCGUUCUCCGGCUGGGGCAGUCCCCGCCGUAACGACACGACCUCGGUGGUGACACUGCAGGCCCACUGCUGCCGAUGA